CGGAGGUACUGGUAGAGCUGGCAACAGAGGAAGACAACGACAGAAGUACUCUAAAAGAGGGCUUUCCCCAUAAAUAACGGCUCUUAAAGUGAUAACGGUCCGUCUACGACAAUAAAUACAGGCACAGACUUCUCGCUAAACCGGACAAACCUCUUGUGCGAGAAGGAAUAUUACAUGACCAGAUUAAAUGGAUAAAACUGGCCGCUCAUUAACACCCAGCCAAGUCUUCAUGUUGUGAAAAUGAAACAUUUGCUUUUAUUAUUUAUUUAAAAUAAUAUAGAACCCAGACACUAGUAGAUUUACGGAAAUCAGCUUCCACGAUCAGCCUCCUUUUUCUAUUCACACUAGCCCCUUGUCAGAGCCACUAUGUAUGGUAGUGCCCGAUCCGUGGGCAAAGUGGAGGGCAACCACAGUGGUGGGAAUAAUCAAAGUCCCGGUCGCUCACCUCGUCUUCCUCGGUCACCCCGCCUGGGUCACCGCCGCACCAACAGCACAGGGGGCAGUGGGGCGGGAGCAGGGGGUCCCGGGGGUAAAACCCUCUCCAUGGAGAACAUCCAGUCCCUCAAUGCUGCUUACGCUACAUCCGGCCCCAUGUACCUGAGCGACAACGAGGUAGUGAUAUCCGGUCCAGACCUGCCAAAGAGCACCAUGACGCUGGGCCGCUCGGCUGGUCGGGUGCCUUAUGGCGUCCGCAUGACUGUCACGGGAAGCAGCCCGAACAUCUCCACCGGGACACCUGGGUCCGUACCCACGGAUGCCAUUGCUUUUGGAGACCAUCAUAUGCCUUCCAGCCUGGCUUCCACAGUGCCUCACUCUCUGCGCCAAACACGGGACAACACCAUCAUGGACCUGCAGGCCCAGCUCAAGGAGGUGCUCAGGGAGAAUGAGCUCUUGCGGAAGGAGGUGGACGUGAAGGAGAGCAAGCUCAGCUCCUCCAUGAACUCCAUCAAGACCUUCUGGAGCCCCGAGCUGAAAAAGGAGCGCGCUCUACGCAAAGAUGAAGCAUCAAAGAUUGCUGUUUGGAAGGAGCAGUAUAGAGUCGUGCAGGACGAGAAUCAGCAUCUCCAGAUGACCAUCCAGGCCCUGCAGGACGAGCUUCGUAUCCAGCGUGAUCUGAACCAGCUGUUUCAGCAGGACUCCAGCGUUCGUCCUGGCGAGCCUGUGGGUGCUGAGCUGACCGAGGAGAACUUCCAGAGGCUGCACGGCGAGCAUGAGCGACAAGCUAAGGAGCUCUUCCUCCUGAGGAAGACUCUGGAAGAGAUGGAGCUCCGUAUUGACACGCAGAAACAGACGCUCAACGCCCGAGACGAAUCCAUCAAGAAGCUCCUGGAGAUGUUGCAGAGCAAAGGGUUGUCGGGCAAAGCCAGCGAGGAGGACCAUGAACGCACAAGAAGAUUGGCGGAUGCCGAGAUGCACAUCCAUCAUCUGGAAAGCCUUAUGGAGCAGAGGGAGAAGGAAAUGGCUUUGCUCAGGGAGGACUUACACAGGCGAUAUGAGGGGGCACCAGAAUCUGCCAAAACCAAGGCCUUGCAGACUGUCAUUGAGAUGAAGGACUCUAAGAUCAGCUCUCUAGAUCGCAGUCUGAGAGACCUGGAGGAUGAGAUUCAGAUGCUGAAGUCAAACGGAGCUCUCAGCACAGAGGAGAGAGAGGAGGAGAUGAAACAGAUGGAGGCCUACCGUAGUCACUCCAAAUUCAUGAAGAAUAAGGUAGAGCAACUGAAAGAGGAACUGGCACAGAGUGAAGCGCAGGUCGAGGAGCUGAAAAACCGGGCGGCUGAGCAGCAGCAAGAGAUUGACCAGGUGAAACAGGACCUGUCCAGGAAGGACACAGAAAUGUUGGGCUUGCAGACCAAACUGGAGACACUCACCAAUCAGUUUUCAGACAGCAAACAGCACAUCGAUGUACUCAAAGAGUCUCUCACUGCCAAAGAGCAGCGUGCUGCCAUCCUGCAGACUGAGGUUGAUGCUCUUCGUUUACGUCUAGAAGAGAAAGACACCAUGCUUAAUAAAAAGAGUAAACAGAUUCAGGAAAUCUCGGAAGAGAAAGGCACGCUCAGCGGAGAGAUCCAUGAUCUCAAAGACAUGCUCGACGUCAAGGAACGCAAGGUCAACGUGCUGCAAAAAAAGAUUGAGAAUCUUCAGGAACAGCUGAAAGACAAGGAGAAGCAGAUGACCAGUCUGAAGGAGCGUGUCAAAUCCCUGCAGGCUGACACUUCAAACACGGAUACGGCCCUCACCACGCUGGAGGAGGCCCUUGCGGAGAAGGAGAGCAUUAUCGAGCGUCUGAAGGAGCAGAGGGAUAGAGACGAGAGAGAGAAGAACGAAGAACUGGAGAGUAACAAGAAAGAACUGAAAGAGCUGAAAGAGAAAGUCAGCUUACUGCAGGGAGAUCUGUCAGAUCGCGAGGGCUCCCUAUUGGACCUAAAGGAGCACGCCUCAUCCCUGGCCUCCUCUGGACUUAAGAAGGACUCUAAGUUGAAGAGUCUCGAAAUCGCUCUUGAGCAGAAGAAAGAAGAGUGCACCAAAUUUGAGAGUCAGCUCAAGAAGGCUCAGUUGGCUGUUGUCGAGGCCCAGGCAAAUGCAGGGCUGUCAGAACGCAUUACUACACUUGAGCUGGAGGUAGCGCGCUACAAGGAGGAUUCUGGGAAGGCCCAGGCAGAAGUGGAUCGGCUGCUGGAGAUCCUCAGGGAGAUGGAGAAUGAAAAGAACGACAAGGACCGCAAGAUCAGCGAGCUAGAGAGGCAGAUGAAAGACCAAAGCAAGAAAGUGGCCAACCUGAAGCACAAGGAGCAGGUGGAGAAAAACAAGAAUGCUCAGCUUAUGGAAGAGGCUCGGAAACGAGAGGACAACAUCAGCGAGAGCUCUCAACAGGUCAAGGAUUCUCUGCGGCAGAAAGACGAGCGAAUUGAGGAGCUGGAGGAGGCCUUGCGUGAGAGUGUGCAGAUCACGGCUGAGAGAGAGAUGGUGCUGGCACAAGAGGAAUCUGUUCGAGCACACACUGAGAAACAGAUGGAGGAGCUGCUGGCCGCUAUGGAAAAGGUGAAGCAGGAGCUGGAGUCCAUGAAGGCCAAGCUGUCAUCCACUCAGCAGUCCCUGGCUGAGAAGGAGGCCCACCUGACCACGCUGAGGGCAGAGCGCAGGAAGCACCUGGAGGAGGUGCUAGAGAUGAAGCAGGAGGCGUUGUUGGCAGCCAUCAGUGAGAAAGACGCCAACAUUGCGCUUCUGGAGUUGUCGGCAUCAAAGAAAAAGAAGACACAAGAUGAGGUGGCUCUUUUGAAGAGAGAGAAAGAUCGACUGGUACAACAGCUCAAACAGCAGACGCAGAACCGCAUGAAGUUAAUGGCUGAUAACUACGAGGAUGACCACCUCAAGGCCUCCGAUUCUGACCAGACCAAUCACAAACCUUCUCCAGAUCAGAUUAUACCCCCACUCAUAGACCUCAAUCAGAACCGCAGUAAACUGAAAUUGUACAUCGGCCACCUCACGGCCCUCUGCCAUGAGAGAGAUCCCCACAUCCUGCAGGACCUGGCCCCACCCUCCGCAUACCACCGCAGCCAACAGGACGCCUGGGAGGAGGAGCUUCAGAAGAUGAGUCCUGAACAGCUAGAAUCAGAGCUGGAGCAGUGCGAGAGGGAGAGUGCAGAACUGCAGGAAUACGCAAACUCUGUCCUGCAGCAGAUCGCCGACCACUGCCCCGACAUCCUGGAACAGGUCGUGAACGCACUAGAAGAGUCAUGCUGACAGGCCACACCACGUAGAGCCAAGCUCUGCCUCCUCCUCUCUUACUCUGUCUCUUCCUUUCUUCUACCUGUUUCUCACUUUAUUUUUCAGCCUACGGAUGCCAGCACAAAAACACAAACUCUCUAACUCAAAUGCACCAUAACAGUUCAAAGAACAGAACGAGCAAGAAGAGACACAUUUACUAGACAGACUGAAGUGAAGUGCACGCUUGAAUUGCUAUGCCGCUUUUCAACUCCCUUCCUCUUUGCACCUUUACGAUCCUGUUUAUACAUUGUUAACACAAUGGGAAGAAGAAACCGAAGACAGCGGGGAUGCAAGAAGCAGUAAAGCUCAGUAUUACAAGAUGUCCACCUAUUUGCAUUAUUUUUGACAUCUGUCUUCUGUCUCACAAUAGCGUCCUGCAGAAGCUGGAGUUCUCUCUGUGAGGGACGGGAAAUAGGCUCCUUAUCUUGAUAUACACGAUUGCCACAGAGUUUAAAAGCUGCAGAUGCAGGAUUUUGAAACCGUUUUUAAGCAAUUUAGAUAUUUUUUUCCCCCUCGCAUUUUUUUUGUAGAUGUUAUGUUACUGACGUUAAAUUAUGGGUCAUUCGCGCAGAGCAAAACUCCUGCACUCUCGAAACCCAUCUGGUUUCACUCAAAAGAUUGGUUAAUGCUCCAGUUGUGCCAGCAAACGGUCCUCCCGGACUUAAACAUACUUUUACUAUCGUAGUCAGUAGCGGGUUAAAAUUACUGCAACCCCCCCACCAUCUGGGAAUUUACUAUUGACUUGGUUACCGCCUGAUUUCCUCCAAAGUCAAUUCGUAAACCUUAUGAAAAGGACAAUAUGGGUAAUGUUAUCCUAUAUGCACCUGUCACCAGGUCAUAGUAUUUCUUUUGCAAAAACCACAGCCUGGUUUGUGUCUUUUAAAGAUGAGAGGAAGAAAAUUAUUUGCCUUGGAAGUUGUUGGUUUAUUGCUGCUAACAUUUGUCUUUGCUUGUGGCGGGUUUUGGUUUGCCCCCUUUUUUUUUUUAUGUGGGCGGCUCAGCACAGGGUGUUAUUAUGAGCACAGAUGUUGUGAAGGCAAAAAUCACUGGAAAACGUCACUGGAAAAUAGGAAAACAGUCACCUAUCAUUCAUUCUACUUUUCAGAAAGUAUGAGGUCCCACACUGGGAUGAAAACUGGCAGUAGUUUCUCAGUUUGCUCGCUUUUCCAAAGCAAAGAGUUUGAGACUGCAGUUUUUUGAUGGAUAAGGUAAAAUAGGACUAGUGAUUUAGAUGCCCUCAUCUUGUAAACAUCUCUCUUUAAAGGGACAGUUCAGCCAGAAAUGAAAAUUAUGUCAUCAUUUAGUCACCCUCAUGUCGUUCCAUACCCAUAUGACUUUCUUGCGUAGAACACAAAUGGAGAUAUUAGGGAUUGAUAGCCUCAGUCACCAUUCACUUUCAUUGCAUCUCUUUUCCAAACAAUGAAAGUGAAUGGUGACUGAGGCUGUCAAUCUGCCUGACUUCUCCACGCAAGACAGAAAGUCAUACAGUUUGGAACAACAUGGAGGUGAGCUACAAAAAAAAAAAAAAAAAAAACUCUCUCUCUCUCUCUCUAUAUAUAUAUAUAUAUAUAUAUUAUACUGUAUAUAUUUAUAUUACAACAUUUUCAUUUUGGGGUGAACUAUCCCUUUAACUCCAUCUCUUGAGAUUAGAUGGUAGCUGAUAUAAGCUUGUGAGAUACAAUCGUUGAUCCCAUGCAUCUUGCAUAUACCAUCAUUUUUCUUUUUCUUUUUUUCUUCUACUGGCUUCAUAUCAUCAUCUUCUAACACAUAUCUCAGUUAGCACAGUUUUGAGGUGUAUCCCCAUUCACUUUAUGGUUAUAUGGGUCUAUAUCUGCAGGGCCUAAGGUGUCCAUCUCUAGACCAGCCACAAAAGCGAUAAGACGCAACCUCGUUCAACUCCUGAUGAAUGUUGUUGCUUCAUCUCUCAGGUUGGCUGUUGCUUUAAAGUCCAUAGUCGACUUCCCCUCCCGUUGCCCUUGUGGAUGACACUGGGCGUAAAGUGCCCUCUGCUCCUCUCUCUGUUCCCUCACUCUAUCUCCUCAUGCCAUAGUUUAUGGUUCUGACCUGCUGGGCCGUGUUAGUCAGACUCCUUUCUGCAUGAUAAGCCAGGCAGACAAGACAAACAGCCUUGGAAAUCAGCAAGAGAUUGCAGCGAAUAAAAUCAUCUCACACUCUUUCUCACACACUCCCACAUCUUCAUACCAGCAAUCCUGAUGCCCAUACACACUUAGUUAUGAGGGAAAACAGCAUUAUGAUACUGGGCCAGAUGUUUGCUGUACACAGAUGUAACUGGCCACACAGACUCUUGAGUACUUCUAUACUCAUGAAGAGUUUUUGAGAAUGGGUUUUUUUGAGACCGGCUCUGAGUGUGAAUAAUUUAGACUCACUUCUUAAAGAAUAGUUGAAGUAGUAUGGUGAAUCUCAUGAAAACAUGUUCAGGUCAUAUUUUAUCCCAAAAUAUAAAAAAUAAGAGAUUUUGUUUUGCAUAAACAAAGCAUGUUUAGGACCUAUAAGAUUUUUUGUAGUGCAGCAAUAUUUUCAUGACAAUUAAGCGCUUUUCCCCCCAAAUCCGCAUCUGAAGUUUUUUACAAUUCCCAUUGUAAAAUGAUAUUCAUAUUACUGUAAUACAGUAAAUUCUAUUGUGUAAUGAUAAAAUAAAUAGUUUACAAAGUUUUUUCUUUUUCCUUUAAACAACAAACGCUACCAUGAUGUAUACUUUACAAUUUAAGCUUAAUAACCUAAUCUUUUUCUUUGCAUUACAGUAAUUAGAAUUAUAUUUUUGGAGUGUAGUAAUGAGUUGAUGUAAAUGUGCUUUAUUGUCAUGAAAACAGUGUUACAAUUCAGACAAUAAUUUUUCUUUCAUUUUUUAGUAAAUAUCCUCUGUUGAUUCUAUUGAUUUUCUUAUUACUGUAUUACAGUCAUUUAUUGUAUUAUAGUAAAGAAAUAUAUAUUUUUUCCAUUUAAAUCCGUGUAAAUUAAAGGCACUGCAACAAAUACUUACAUAGUGUAUCAAUACUUUGCAAUUUAAAUAAUAAAUCAUCAUCUUUGCAUAACAGAAAUGUGAAAGAAAUGUUUGUUUUUUGUUUUUUCUUAUUUUAAUUUUUUAUUAUUAUUUAUUUAGCUUGAUUUUGGGGUUGAAUAUGACCCAGACAUGUCUUCUACAGCUUUCGUGAGCAUGAGAUUCAUCCAGAUUUGUGAGAUUCAUCAAAAUGCAUUUAAAAGCAGAACACAAUUGAAAGCUAAAUUUACCGUCAAAAUGUGUGGCCACUCCCUUCAAGACCAUAUUUGCACACUUGCGUUGCUAACAAAACACUCUUUCGCAUGCCAUUCUCACCCCUGGCACCAUUGAUCUUAUCGCAGUCAUCUCCGCUGCAUCUCUAUAAAGGAUUUUAUGGUUUUAUGCUCCUAAAUGCUGCUAAUGAACUUCCUUAUGAGGUCAUAAAUGUGACGAGCAGCUCUGUUUGGCUCUAAAAAUCAAAUCUGAACUGAUUGAUGACACCCAUCCUGUUUCUCAUCUCUCUCAGUCUCUUUCUGUUCGCUAUCUCAUGUGCACACAAACACAAUUUAGCCCAUCACCCGUGUAUCUUUGAAAUAUGGAGCUCGGUUAUCUGUACUGUGGCUGAAUCUCUCAGCUUAGACUAAACACAGACCCCUCGCACGCACACACACUCGUUAUCACAGACCCUCUCGCGAUUUAUGUUCUUCAGUACAGGAGCCGGGCUUUUAACGCAGCUCUCUGUGCCUCUGUUCAGCUUAGGGCACACUUGAGAAUUCACAAAGAAAACAAAAAGCAAGAGUGCUGUGAUAACCGUGAGCGGAUCAGAGAGAGAAUGGCCCAGCGCUUUGGAGAGGCUGUUUUUGUGUGUUGAGUGACUCUCUGGUAUUUGUGUGAUUGCUGGUUAUAGACAGACCUAGUCACACAGAGGAGUAUGGAAAUUCCCUGCAGGCUUUGGAUCACUCUGUAUGUUUGGAGGCACCCCAAUCUGGGUGAUUCCUCUGCUUGUUUUUGAAGAACUAAAAGAGAUCUAUACCGGCGCAAUUACGAAAGCCAAAAGAGUAUUUGGUAACACUUUCUAUAGAGGCUGUAUAUAUAAAGCAUUAAAAUAGUAUUCUAAAUAUAUUCAUAAUGCCUCAUAACACACUGUGUAAACUGUUUUAUCUUUUCAAAAAUAUAUUAACCAUAGUUUCAAUACAUCAUACUUGCCUAUUCAUGGUUACCCAUAAAGACUACAGUAUAAUGCAUUAUAACAGAUGACAUUUGUUGUUGAUCAUGUCAUACACAUUAUAAUGCAUUAAAACUGUGAAAUAUAUUUAUUCAUAAGAGCCUAAAACCGAUAAGGUGUAUUAUAAGGCAUUAUGAAUAAUACAUUUAUUUAGCGCAUUACAUAGGCUGAAUUGUGCCACAUUUUGUCCUUGAGAUAAUUGUCAAAUUGACAGUAUACUAUAGUAUAGACCCAAUUUACCUAUACUCUAAUCACUAUAUUAUCACAAUCACCCUAUAUAAUUCGCUCCUUAUAAUAAAAUAGAAAGUGUUACUGAAUAUUCUCUUUUUUAGUGUAGAAUUACUAUUAUUCUUUUCAUAACAUUUUCCUCUUCAUUUAUAGCAGAGCAGCUCAUAGGAUGUGGUCAGUUGACUUUCCAUAUUGUUUCAGGCCUUCUACAUCUAUCUGGCUUAGACAUGUGUUCUGCAUAAGUGUGAAUGAGCAUGAGGUGUUGCUUCAUGUCCUAGUAUGAACAUUUAUCAUCCUCAUUAAAUUCACCAAGGCAUGUCUGGAAGUAAGGAAGGAAGAAGAGAGAGAGAGAGAGAGAGAGAGAGAGUAUAGCACAGACUGUAAGAGCCCAACUUCUGAUGCUUUUUAUUUUUUCUACUUUCUACUUUUUUUUUUUUGGCCCAGAAUUUAAAAUGUUCCUUAUUUUGGCCUAUUACAGGAGAUCUUUAUCAUAGUGACCACCUAAAUACCUAAAGACACAAGCAAGUUAUGUUGUGAUGUAUAUCCCAUAAUUCAUAACGUUAAUCAGCAAUGCUUACUAUUUUGUCUCUGUAGUUUUGUUGUAGGAUUUAUACGGAUGCUCUAUUAGUGUGUCCACCAUUUACAUGUGAUCCUCUCUUACUUUUACAAAACUGUUACAACACUGCCAGAGAUCGGCCCCUUUUUCAUGUACGUGCAUUUACAGAAAUGUAUAUUUAUAUAUGUUGAUGCUUGGACCUAUACAUAGUUGAACAUUUUGCACAGUGUCUGGGGGAGAGAACAUAUCCGUCUGAACAAAAUGGCUGUCUGCCUAUAAAAAUAAAAUAGAAUUAACUAAUAAAAUGUUAACAUUUUGUAAGAAGAAACCUUUCUAAGUGUCAAAUCAAAGCUGUUAACAAAGGUUCUCAAAAUUGUUACCAUGUGGUUGAAAAUGUACUGUUGCUAUCUGCAUCUUUUUCCAUUUUGAUUCCAACCCAUCUUACCACUAUUAUUUUCAUUGUGUUUCAUUUUCAAAUAGUUUUUGUUUUGCAGUCCUUGAUAGUGUUUGUGAUUCCAAUGCAAUGUUGAAAACAACGUUUUAUAUCACAAAAACAUGAAUGUCCAGUCAUGGGGUUGGAGAAACUUCUUUGACUUUGCUUCAAAUGAACUGAAAGAUGCUAAGACCUUAACUUAAGAACUGUGAUUUUAAUAGCACUCUGGGUUGCUAGGCACUUGGUGUUAUUUUUGGUUAGAAUCAUUCAUUCGUUUAUGGGAGAUAAUAACCAUGUUGUGUUGACCAUUUCAGUCAGAAGAACAGUAUCACACAACACGAACACUCAUUUGUAUUCCUUAGUAAUUUAUCACGCAAUUUAAACACAAAUUUUAUAUGGCGUCUUAAGUAGAUCAGAUAUUAAAUUGUUUACUUAUUAACUCAUCUUGCGUUGUCAUUAUUUACCCAAACAGUGCGUCAACACGUCCAAAUUGUUCAUGCAUUACUUCCCUCCACUUAGUUUGAUGGACUGAAACUGUUUAAAGCAUGAAACCACAUAAAACAUCCACCGAAGGAUUUGGCAAGUCCACGUCGGACUUUCCGUGCCAAACGAAGCUAGUCUGCUCUCGAAAGUGCCACGAAUAAUAACUUGCCUGUCCUUCAUCAGCAACCAAAGCCAGGUCAUGUGACCUAAUACUGUUUAUAUCGUGUUUGCUUUAUAUUUAAACUUUUAAAACCUUAACUGACACAAUAAGAGGUCAAACCGAAAGCAGGCCUGUCAUGUUCUCAUCCAGCUAGUCUUAUGCUAGAUGGAACAUUUUGAAUCAGGUGCCAUUAAGGAUCUGAGUUGAAUGAAGCAGCAUUCUUUACAUGGACCUAAUCUUCAUUUUAACUCAGAUCUUUGUAUGUUGUAACAUAGUUGUAUUCGAGACUGUUACAGAAGUUCAGAUUGCCUAUUUAUCUGGGUCAGCCAUGACAAUAACAGUGUGUCAGACCUCAGUAUCAACCCAUCCACAGCUUUGUCUUUUAGCUCCAGCAACCCUGCCUUCUGUCACAGUAAGGGUCUUUAUAUUUUCUAAUUAUUCAUGGUCUUUUUUUUUAGUAGUAAAUAGAAACACUGUCAGAGAGGAUUCUCACCCCAUCCCCUUUUAUUUAAUGAAGAAAAAUAAAUGGAAAAAUUUCAACUUUCACCCAAAGCUGGUCAUCUUUUUUUGUUGAUAUUUUAACGCUCACAAAAACACUGCCUUAUGUCCAUCUGUGUGCAAAAGAUAAAUAAAAUGAUUUCUGUAAAAAGAAAAUGAAAAAUAGUUUAAAGGUAUAUUGUAUUCUGCUUUUGCCUUUGUAUGUAUAUAAACUCUAUGUUAUCAGCUUUU